AUGUCCCUCCGCCGUCGCGCCCGUGCCUGCUUCUCGUCCGUCGCACCGUGCGCGCCGUCGCCGCCGUCACAUCUCAAUGGUAAAGUGGCUUAUCUGCGAGUAGUAGGCGUGCACGGCGAGCUCGAGCAUCAUGACGUCGCCAAACACCUCGCCGCCGUCGAAGCCGCCAAUCGUCAGCAGCCUGCUGUCGUGCAGGACGGUGCCGUGGUAGCCCCGUCCGCUCGGCGGCCGGCCGUAGACCUUGCGCCUGUCCCACGUCAUCGUCACGAGGUUCAGCAGCAGCACGUCGUUGCAGUACUCGACGCCGUCGUGGCCGCCGAUGACGAACAGGUACGAGCCCACAAUGGUCGCCGAGUGGGACAGCCGGCGAAAGUUGACGGCCAUGUCGACGGCCUUCCACACGUGCCGGUCGACGUCGUAGACCCAGACGUCGUCGAAGCAUUCGCCCCCGUCGGAGCCGCCGAAGACGAUGAGCUUGCCGCCCACCAUGUUGGCCGUGUGGUAGCCUCGCGCCCGCGGCCGACCGUCGUCGGUGCCCGCCGCCGCCCGGGCGGGGCUCGAUAUCAGCUUCCACGACAUCUUGGCGCCGUCGCCGACGUCGAGGCGCCAUAUGUCGUUGAGCGCCCGCACGCCGUCGCCGCCGCCGAAGACGUAGAUGCCGUUCUUGUAGAGGCAGGCCGUGUGCGCCCUUCGCUUGGACGGCAGCCUGUCCCCGAGCACCUGGGGCCGGCUCCAGCGAAAGUUGACCGUGUCGAGCACGUGCACGUCGUUGUAGUACGCCGGCCCGUCGCCGCCGCCGAAGACGACGAGCUUCUUGCCCACGGCCGUGCACGUCAUGGCCCGCAGCGGCGGCGGCAUCUCGCCCAUCACGUGCGGCACCGACCAGUAAAAGGCGUCGGCGUCGAGCACGUACAGGCUGUUGAAGCACGUCUGGGCGUCGCAGCCGCCAAAGACGUACACGUUGGAGCCGACGAGCGUCGCCGUGUGCGCGCGCAGCUUCGCCUGCGCCGAGCCCGAGACCGAGGCCCGAGACCAGUACAUGCCCGAGGCCGGCGCCGGCUCGACGUCCGGCCUAUCCUUGGCCGAGGCGAGUGCCGGCAAGGCCGUGUGCGGGCCUCGCGGCGGCUGGCUGACUUUGCCCGUCGGCUGGCACGCCGUCCGCGAUGCUCGCAAGGUGCCGCUGUUGGCCACGGUCGAGCCGACGCGGGCCUUGAUCGUCUGCUCACCACCACCGCCGCCUUGGCCAUCGUGCGGACGCUCGACGGCGCCGACCGACGACUGAGAUCCCUUGAGCGACUGCGGCCCGGCCACGGCGGCUCUGCCCGUCACCGAUGGGACGUGCGACGUCGAUUGAGAGCGCUGGCGGAUGGACAGGUCCGAAGGAUUCCGCCGCCCCUCGUUCACCUGUAUGCUCCUGCUGGCCAGGUGACCGGGCGUGUGGCUCCGCGGCAGCGGCCGGGGCACGUCGGCGGCAUCGUCCGAGCCGUCAGAGUCGUCCGAGCCGUCGGCGCGCUUCGGCUUGUCGUCGAGGAGGAUCGAGUAUUUCUUGCCCGAGGACAACGUUCGGUCCCUUGCGUGCUGCUGCGACGACAUGGCUGA